UUUGAUUAUUUUAAUUAUGAUGGAGAUGAUGAAAAUUUUGACUUUGAUUAUAAGUAUGAUGAUGAUGAUGAUGAUGAUGAUGGUGAUGAUGAUGAUUGGUUUGAUUAUCAUGAUAGAGGGCUAUUUGCCUCGUUUGCGAGCUGUGACACUACCAACAUAGAAGACGUGAUUUCCCCGCAGAAUCAUCAAAGCAGACGUAUUGCGUUUGAAGCUCACAUGGACAACAAACUGGCAUUUUUCCCUUUUAACACGCCACUUAUUUUUCCCGUGUGUACAUUGAACGAGGGCAGGGGUUAUAAUACAAAUACUGGUAAAUUCACAGCACCAGUAAGUGGUGUCUACACGUUUAAUGCACAUGCAUGUCACAAACCUGGCACCCACAUGGUGUUUGCCAUCAUGAAGGGCAGUGUUCAAUUAGCAGUUUCGACUACCUAUGAGAAUAUCGCCUCUGGAUGUGGUUCUGUCAACACAAUCGUGAGACUUAGGAGUGGAGAAGUUGUUAAUGUAGUGGCAAAAUGGACAGCCAGUCACUUAUGGGCAAACCUUCACCGUUGGAAUUCUUUUACUGGCUACCUUGUAUACGCUUAG